UAGCAACUAUCACCGAGAUCUAUAAGGGUUGUCUUCGCCGAUAAUAAGAAACGAAAUAACACUGCAAUGACGUAUUCUAUAAAAAAUUUCAAAGCAUUUUGUCAUUGCUGCAACUAGAACAGCCUAAAAUCAUUGUUAUUAUUAAGAAACUUGCAACAUCCAAAGGACAUUUCUUGGAUUUGGUCGAGCUUAACUACCUUUCCAACUCUAAUUGUUGAUUGGCAAGCAGCUUCUGCGCAUGCUCGUCUGCGCUGCUUAAAAUCUAAGCACGCCACGUUAAAAUAAUCGAGCGCCACUUGUAAAGACUUACUUUCUUUCGAGAUUUUCAAGUGAUUGCAUCUCGUCUCUCGAGUGUUCAAGAUGAACUUCACCACAAGAAAUGAAUCCAAUACGACUAUGGCUGAUAACGAGAAGAAAGUGUUAAUUGAGCUAGUCAUAUACACCACAAUAGCAAUUAGUAUCUGUGGGCUACUAACUAACGGCUUUCUCAUGUUAGUGUUUGCUGUUGAUCCUUUAGGCUGCUUACGGAAUGUAGCAUCGAGUUUGAUACUGAAUUUGUCCUUGAGUGACUUUUUCACUGCCUCGAUGCUGUUACUUUGGAAUACUGCGUAUUGGAAAUGGGCUUCAGAAGUCGUUACUACAAUAUUCUUCUAUCUUGUUUGGUUAGGAUACACCGUGUCUUUCCUCACAAUUGUAUUGCUGUCGUUAGAAAGAUACAUUGCCAUUCGGUACAUAUGGUCAGCGAAUAGAAUCGUGACAAAGCGUAGAACCUAUUGUGCAAUUGCAACAAUUUGGCUUACUUCAGGAAUACCAUUGAUCUCUCUUUCCGGUAAGAAUCAGAACAUCCAGGUAUUCGUGAUGUCGUCAUUCUUCGAGCUCUGUAUACUGUUGGUGACAAUAUUUUAUGGGAAAUUAUUGGCGAACCGAUGGAAUCAGGUCAACAGGGAACACAAAGACCACAUGAAACAAGAAACAAAGUUGACCAAAGUCGUUUUUAUGUUGAUAGCACUUCUGGUGAUUACAACCGUUCCAACAAUUGUUCACUAUCAGGUAAUAUAUGGACUGGCACUUUUUUGCGGAGUCGACUGCGUUCACGAGAAUUUGCUGUUGGUUCCUGUGUACCUGACACCGUUAUUCUCGGCUAAUUUUGCUAUAAAUCCUAUCGUAUAUGCUUGGCGGCUUCCAAAGUAUCGACGGUCAUUUCUCGCACUUUGGAAAAGCAUUUUUCUUUGCCAGAACAAGCAAUUCGAUGGAACCGUCACAUACCAUCGAAAUGAAGCUACCAGUUUGGAAAUUACAGCUACUCCAACAACCAAUGGAUCAUACACGUCAUUGUAAAACAGUCGCUUACAUUUAAGGAAAGUGUUAAAUUACAAGAUGAAAAGUAUAGAGUUUUUAAAGAGAUGGAAGUACCUAACAUAGCAGGAGAAAGUCUUUGACAUUAAAAUAUGUGGCACAUUAUACGCUUAACAUGUAGUCGAUUGAAAUUUCAACACCAAAGAACAGGGAAUAGGUUGGGCGAGUAGAGUUGCUUCCUUAAGGCCUUGGUAUCUCCUGCAAGACAAUGACAAGCUGUUGUAUAGUUAAUUGCUAAAGUCAUAUGAGAAAGUCUGCGAUACGACUAUUACAUGUAAAAAACAGUAGUAUUUUGAUCAUCUAAUUUAAUAGUGUAGCUACAGCUUUUUUCGUUGCAAAAUUUCUUUUGACUGUUAUCAAAUUCACGUUUAUCGAGGUAAAGAGAUCACAUUGGAAAUUUUUUUGGCGGCCAUUUAAGUAAUUAUUAAUUUGACAAUCUACAGUAUUUAUUAUUAAAAACUUAUACCAAUAUAUACAGAGGGGAGUUCGUUAAAGAGAGGUAUUUACUUCAAAAAUUAAGAAUUAUAAUCUGGUUUUAGUUGCUACAACAAGAUGCAUCUAGCUAUAAAAUUUGUUUUUUGCCAACUUUUUCAAAGCAACCUUUCAGAGUAAAUAGAUCUAUUUGUCAGAAAUACAGUUCAACGUAACUUGGUCUUCUAA